AUUGAUUGUUUAUAUUUUUGUCACAACUUUUAGUUGAUCAAUUGAGUUGUAGUUUAAUUGUCUAACUUUGUACUAACGUUUCUGUGUCAACAUGAAAACAAUUAAAGUUUUACCAAAUACCGAUGAUGUUAACGCUGAGUUGAGAUUGUUAAUCCAACAGAGUUAUGAUAAUUGUACCGAUAAGCUUUUCACAAUUGGCUUAUCCGGUGGUUCAUUAAUUAACAGUUUAAUUAAAACAUUGCCCACCCUGAGUUGCGUUGAUUGGACCCGAUGGAGAUUGUUUUUCUGUGAUGAAAGGAUUGUUCCAUUUGAUGAUCCAGAAUCUACAUUUGGAUGCUAUUGGAGAGCCUUUGAAAAUGUGACACCUCUGAAAAAGGAUCAAUUCAUUGUUAUUAAUCCAGAUCUUGAUGGUGAAUUAGCUGCUCGAGAUUAUACCGAGAAAAUCAGAUCAACGGUUAAAAUUGAUGAAGAUUUGGCUUUACCAAGAUUUAAUCUUAUCCUUCUUGGAAUGGGUCCUGAUGGUCAUACAGCUUCAUUGUUCCCUGGUCAUAAGUUAUUGGAGCAACAAAUUAGUUGGGUUGGAUACAUUGGAGACUCACCGAAACCCCCACCAAAACGAGUUACUCUUACCUACCCUGUAAUCAACAAUUCUGAUUCAAUUAUCUUCGUUUGCACUGGACUAUCAAAGGCCGAGAUAUUGAAGAAAAUUUUUGUCGAUGGUGAUGAUUAUCCUGCAGGAAGAGUUCAACCCGAUAGAGGAGAGUUGAUCUGGUUACUCGAUAAAGCUGCUGGUUCGCUGUUACCAAAGGAGAUAAUUGGAGGUGUUUAAUCAAAUUGGUUCAUUUUCUUUCUUCCAUAUUAUCAUCGUCAUUAUGAUUAUUAUUAUCUUCGUUUAUUUUGGUACAUUUAUUGAUCUGAGAAAACUCUGAAUCCCUGGAACAAUCAAUUGAACUGUUGAAAACAGUAAAUUAUGUUGGUUUAAAUUUUCCUUUACUACCUGUUGAAUAUUCAUCUGGUAUCAUUUGUGUUGCUCUGUCAUUCAUUUAAUCCAAUUGAACAUUUCCAAGUAAUUUGAUCAAAUCAAAGAGUAUUAAGGCCAAGUAAAAAAAAAUGUGAUUAAAAUUACAACCGUAA